AUGCAUAUAGUUACUUGCAUGGGAAUUUUAAUAGAAACCUAUGAAAUUAUUGAAGAACCAUGUUUCAAUGAGGCUGUAAAUAAUGGAUCAAAGACAUGGAAGUGUGGUACAGCGGUGUCACAUGCUAGACAGGCGCAAGAAAGGAUUCAAGAAUUCAAUAGAUUAAAAAGGGCAAGACAACUUCUUGAUGCUAUUUCUUUAACAAAUGAAUUACUCACAGAUGGAUCAGAUGUAGAAAUAUUGAGUCUUGCUAGCACAAUAGUAACAAGGUUAAAGAUUUUAGGGGUAUUUAAUAUAUCAUUAGAAAAUGGUAGAAAAAGUACAAGGACAUCAACAUUGAAACCUUCUCAUAUAGGUAUUUACCACUGUUGUACGUUUUGUUCAAGUGGGGGUAAAAAGGAAGUCACUUGUGGAUGUGGAGGAACUAUGCCUGGUGGAUAUCAAGGCUGUGGUCAUGGUCAUAUAGGACAUCCUGGUGUACAUCACUGGUCCUGCUGUGGAUCCAUCUUGCGUUAUGGAGACUGUCUAGCUCUUCAAAAAUAUAUGCAUCAACUGCUAUUUUAA